AUGCCACCAUCACCACCAAAGCCCCACAAGAUGGACAUUACUACUCCAACAUCCACGCUUUCGACAGUGACAUCCCAGUCGAAACAAAUCGAUGCCUCAGGCUCUAAAUCGUCCAUUCAACCUUCUACCCUCUCUGAAGAACCUCCUCUUCGGGUUCCCGAAACCAUCGGCACCCUAAUUGAAGUCCGCACUUCUCCCAAAGGUGGUCUCGGUGUAUUCGCUCUCUGUCCCAUACCCAUCAACACCCUCCUCUUGAGCGAACAACCUCUCGUCAUCCUCACCGACACAGGAACACGCACUGACCCCCUCGACGCCCUCGUAUCUGCGUUAUCCCCUUCUCGCAAAGCAGAAUUCUUGUCACUUCAUGCUUAUCAGGCCAAUCCUCGGGAAUCCCGCAACCGAAGCAUUUUAUAUAGUAAUGGGUUUGGUGUCGGCAAGGUGGAAAGUUUGUCAACGGGCGUGUUUGGAACGGCGAGUAGAUUCAAUCAUGCUUGUGUGGCGAAUGCGAGAUAUAAAUGGGAGGAAGAGGAUGUGCAUGGGGAGCUUGGAGGCAGGAUGAAAUAUUUUAGUAAGAGGGAUGUGGGAAUGGGAGAGGAAAUUACGGUGGAUUAUGGACAUGGGGUGAAGGGCUUGAAGAGGUUCUAUGGGUUUGAGUGUGAUUGUGGGGGGUGUAGGAAGGAGGAGAUGCGGAAAGGGGUGGACGUUGCGGGAAAGAAGGAUGUGGGAACAUUGGGGGAGGUGGGGCUGGAGGUAGUUUUGAGUGAGGGGUUGGAAGGGUUAGCAGUUCGAGAUGCGGAGUUGGAGUAG